AUGGAAUCUCCCGCAAAACCAAAAACAGGACAACGUCAAACAGGCGAACGAGAGACACAAGGAACUGGCUGGGGAAGAAAUGAACGUGGUCCGUUGGCUGUGCAUCGAAGUAAGGAAUCGACCUCACUUCUGCGAAUCUAUGCGCAAUGCGAAUCAAUACACAGCAGUGGAGCAGAAUAUAUGUCGAUGUGGGUGUGCGUGUGUAUGUGGCACCGUGAAAGCCUUAUCGGCUCACCGUUGAUGAGUCAAAUGCUCCCAGAGCAGUAA